GCGGCCGGCAUCUCGAGUAGUGUCAGGCACUCACCUGACAAGAUCGAUGAUAAAUAUUUCUGAGUUUUGUUUAAAUUUUAAAUUUUACUCUAGCAGAAUUAUUUAGCAAAAAAGAUUAAAUUACAAUAUUAAAUGAAAUAUUAUUUUAAAAAGUUUAAAAUAAUAGUCGAAAAUAUUAGUUGGUAAAUCUUUAGAAGUGAAGCCAAAAGGGAAAAUUAAACAAAAAGUGUAUAAUAUUAAAAAAGAAUUAAAUAAUUGCUUUAAAUAAUAGUGAAUAAAAGAGCGUUUUACUAAACAAGGAAUUUUUCAGUUUUCAAAAAGGAAAAUUUUGGAAAUUAAGGAAAAAGAAUGUCUGUGAUUUUGAGCGCACUUUUGUGUACAGUUUUAUUUCCCAUCGAUAGUAUCGCUCUUCAAUUUCUAUGGGAUCUUGUUUUCGGAAAAGGAGGACGUGUUCCUCGAGUGAGGCAUAUCGAUAAUUCUCGAUCAUUCAACACACAUGCAAUUUUGGACUUUAUCGGGUUGAUCGAAAGGCAUGGAUAUUCGGGAGAGGAACAUUGUAUUACAACUCAGGAUGGUUAUAUUUUGACAUUACACAGGAUUUCAGGUAGUCCGAAAAUUCAAAAAUCCAGACUAAAACCAGUUGUCUAUCUUCAACACGGAAUUCUCGCCUCUUCUGAUACUUUUGUUCUAAUGGGACCCACAAAUGAUCUUGGUGAGACAUUCUAUCAUGAAAUUGCUAUCUACGAUGUGGCAAAUAGCAUAGACUAUAUUUUGCAUGAGACUGGACAAAGGUCACUAACCUAUAUUGGACAUUCAAUGGGGACAACUAUAAGUUUUGUCUUAUUAUCCGUAAGACCAGAGUAUAAUGAUAAAAUAAAUCUUAACAUUUGCCUGUCUCCAAUCGCUUAUUGGAAAAGUACACCGCUUAGUUUUUAUCAUCUUCUGAAACGUCAUGGAUCCUUCAUAGAGAGAUUACUAUUGGCUUCUCAAAUUAAUGAAUUAUUUCCUUUGACUGAGGCAAGUAUAUUAUUAGGAAGAUUUGCAUGUAGUGAACGGUCAGUUUUGCAACCAAUUUGCAUUAGCUUAUUUUUGGAAUUGAGUGGACAAGAUAAAGAGCAACUAAAUACGAAAUAUUUACCUUAUAUUUUCUCCUACUUCCCGGCAGGAACUUCUGCUAAAAUAUUAAUGCAUUAUCACCAAAAUAUUAUGUCAGGGGAGUUCCAAGCAUUUAAUUACAGCGCAGAGAGGAAUUAUUGGCAUUAUGGAACGGAAGAACCUCCUCAUUACAAUUUGAGAAAAAUUCGAGCACCAGUUGCAAUAUUUUUUGGAGACGGGGAUAUUCUAUCGACAAAAAAGAUGUUCCAUAAAGAUGUUGGUUAUUAUAGUUCACUACCUCAGGGUAAACCUGAAACUGAGGUAUCAGGUUACGUUGUUCUCAUGUAUACUCUCUACGAUGCCUAUGUCACAGAACAAAUAGGAAGAAUUCUCAAUGAAGACAACAUCCACAACAUAUUUAAACCACCUGCGAAAAUAGGACAACUUCUAAACAAUCCUGAAGACAAAAAGGCACCUCUCAGUGAUCCAGGAGUAUAUAAAAUACCUUGCUCUUGUGGCAGACUCUAUAUUGGAGAAACCGGAAGAGCGAUGAGCCAACGUGUAAAGGAAGAUGAGAGUAAAGUCAGGCUAAAAUAUUUCACGCAAUCAGCUUUAGCUGAGCAUUAUAGAGAAAUAGGACAUACAAUCUAUUUGACAAAACAACCGCCAUCGCAAAAGGAUACAAUAUCUUUCCAAGGAAACUUAGAGAAGUAA